AAUUAAAAUUAACAAAUUAUUUCGUCGCAACUAGUCAGCUCAGAAAAAUUUGUGUAUUAAUGGAUUGAAUUGGUGUGAAAAGACAAAAGAAAAUCGAAAAAUUUAUUUGCUGCGAAAGCAAACAGCAUAAAAAUCGUGUUAUAAAACAAUCGAGGUGAAAUUUUCGCGUUAAACGUUCUUCUUCAUUUCGUAAUAAUCCAUAUUAGCAGAAAACAGAGGGUCGAAGGAAGAAAUACACAAAAGUGUUUUUAGGCGAUUGUGAUUGAAUCUGUGAUCUGUUUGAACAUAUAACCGCGGCAGCAGCAAACAUCAAUUGUAAUAUCACCAGGACUUGAAAUUUUUAGACGACAACACAAGUAUUAGUCAAACGUAUUCAAGAAGAACAUGGAUGCUGAAAAUGAUAACGAUCAACCCAAUUCGUCAUCAGCUUCGGCAUCGGUAUCACCUAGUAGUAGCAAUAACAGCAGUAGUAGCAAUCUUUUAGGCAAUCUGCCAAUGUUGCCAUUUAUGAGGUCAACGGACGAUGAUGAUGUGCAUGACAACGACGAAGAUGAUGGCAAUGUGAAUGAUGGUGAUGAUGAUGAUAAUAUGCACGAGGAGCCCAUGCCACUGCAGCAAUCUUCUGCGUCGUCUUCAACGGCAGCCGAGGCGAUUAGGGGUGGCCCCAAUAUGCCACCUAUGGCUCCAAAUAUUGAGGGAACUUCUGGUGCUGUGGCGUUGGGCGGGUCCUUGCAGCAGCAGCAGCGAACUUCACCUCCUGCACCAUCAACGCCAGCACAGCUGCAAGCACCACCGCUCCCAUCUAACAUAGAAAACGCAUUAUCAUCAUCCUCGACACCACCGCGUGAAAACUCACAGCCGCCAACGGAGCGCAUAAAUCGUAACGAUAUUGCUGACACCAUCGAUGCUUCGGCUGUUGUUGUGCAACCGUUAGAGGCUAAUGCAGCAUCUCGAUCAUCGCCGAGGCCAGCAGCAGCAAAUGAACCAGAGCAUCGAGCAGGAGAAGCGUUUGAAAACGAUAUACAAUUGGAUGACAACGAUAACAAUGACUUUGAUGUGGAUCUAAAUGCUCAACCGCCAGAAGCGUUAGCAAAUGUGGCUGCAUCAACAUCAGCAUCGACGUCCUCCACACAACAUCGCCAGCAGAGGCAUCAAACGCCACAGCAGCAAGAGCAGCAGGAAUCAUUAGAUACAUCACCUUCAGGAUCGGCAGGUACUUCAGGAUCCCAGCCACAACAACAACAACAACAAUUACAGCCACCAACAACACUGCCUUUGUUGCUAUACCAACAAUCACAACAGCAACAGCUAUUAGUAGCUGAAGAAUCUAAACAUUUGCCGCCGUCCUACGAUCAUCGUUAUCACAAUCCACGCUAUCAUCACCAUCACCACCAUCAUCAUCAGCAGCAGCAACAACAUUCUUCAAAUCCCUAUCAUUCCCCCGGUGGUUAUCCCUACGAGUUUGGACAGAAAAAUUCUAACGGCUCCACUGCCGCUGCUACAAACAACAAUAAUAACAACAACAGCAGCAACACCAGCUCCACAAUGUUUCCCAGCACCAGUGGCUCUGCGGAACGCAAUAAUGGCUCAUCAUCGGCUGGCGCCGAUACCAGUGCAGCCAAUGGAAGCAGUGAUCCUGCAGUUGAUCGCUUGAAAUUACUCUAUCCCAAUGUAAAUGAGAAUGAGACACCAUUGCCACGCUGUUGGAGCCCACAUGAUAAAUGUCUAUCCAUUGGUUUGUCACAAAAUAAUUUGCGGGUACAUUUUAAAGGUAAACAAAACAAUGAUGCUGCUUCGGUACGUACAGCCCAUCCAAUACCCCCUGCUUGUGGCAUCUACUAUUUUGAGGUGAAAAUCAUUUCAAAGGGCAAAAAUGGUUACAUGGGCAUUGGUCUGACUGCUCAACAGUUUCGCAUGAAUCGUCUGCCAGGUUGGGAUAAACAAUCAUACGGUUAUCAUGGCGAUGAUGGCAAUUCAUUUUCUUCAUCGGGUCAUGGCCAAUCCUAUGGGCCCACAUUUACCACAGGCGAUAUUAUCGGUUGCUGUGUGAACUUUGUCAAUAAUACAUGCUUCUACACAAAGAAUGGCAUUCAUUUGGGUAUUGCAUUCAGAGAUUUACCGACAAAGUUGUAUCCCACAGUUGGUCUGCAGACUCCCGGUGAAGAAGUUGAUGCCAAUUUCGGCCAAGAACCAUUCAAAUUUGACAAAAUUGAAGAAAUGAUGAGAGACAUGAGAGAGGAGAUGAAGAAAACAAUCUACGAUUUCCCCCUACAUGGUGAUCAGGGAGAUCCCACUACGCUGUUACAAAAAAUGGUUAAUUCAUAUUUGGUGCAUAAUGGUUAUAGUCAAACAGCUGAAGCGUUUGCCCGUACAACUGGCCAAAGUUUAAGGGAAGAUCUCUCAUCAAUGCGCAAUAGACAGAAAAUUCUAAAACUUGUUAUGUCCGGUCGUAUGAGCCAAGCCAUAGAACAGACACUGCGUUCGUAUCCUGGGCUUUUGGAGAACAAUAAAAAUCUGUGGUUUAUGCUUAAAUGCCGACAAUUCAUAGAAAUGAUUAAUGGCUCCGAUAUUGAGUACUGCCCCUCAUCAUCUAAUAAUAAAACAAUAACAACAAAUGCUACAACACCAACAACAACAAAUAAACAAACAACAUGCUCUGCUCCAAAUCAAACAUCGGUUAUACAAUCGACCAAAUCGUAUCAGAAUGGUAAUACAAAUGAUAUUACCCCCUCCCCCUCCUCCUCCGUAGCUGCUACAACAUCUGCCGCCGCCAUCUCCGUCGCCGUCUCCACCAGCAACAGUAGUAAUAGCACCAAUAACACCAGCAGCAACAACAGCAGUAGUAGUAAUGGCAACAACACCACCAACAACAGCAAUCCUAUAAAUGUGACAACAGCAGCAACAACAGCAACUACCGGCAGCAGCAGCAGCAGCAACAAUGCAACAACAACAAAUACAAAUAAUGCACAGAACUCAAGCCACAUAACUGUGAUACAUACAGAUAAUGAUACAAAAACUGAAUCUAAUUUAGUUGAACAUUGUUCGGCUUCCGGCGAUGCUCCUAACACAAUAAGUAAAAAUAACGAUAACGAUUAUUUAAAUGAUGUUGAAAUGGAAAAUAAUGGUCACACUACAAAUGGAUCCGUUUGUAAAAAUGGCAAUUCGAAUAACUUCAAUGAAUCAAUAGAUGCUGAUGAAGAAAUGGAUGUCGAUGUAUCCCCUUCGGUUCGCAAAUAUAGCCAUGGCAUUGAGCGCAUAUUGGAAUUUGGUAAAGAUUUAUCACAAAUGGGCCAACAGCUUGAAAAAGAAAGCAAAAUGACUGAUGAUGAGAGACAAAUGUUAGAAGAUGCAUUUAGUUUAAUAGCUUAUUCAAAUCCUUGGGCAAGUCCUUUAGGUUGGCAAUUGUGUCCAACAAAACGUGAGACUGUCUGUAGAGCUUUAAAUUCAGCCAUAUUAGAGUCAAUGAGUUAUGCCAAAUGGCCACCAUUGGAAUAUUGUGUUGCCCAUGCCAAUGAAUUACUUAAGGUUAUGGCGCAGGCCUCGUUAGGCGCCUGUGCUUUUGUGAAUAUCGCAGAUGCGUUUCCAAAAAAUUGACCCGCUCAGUUUUAGCUAAAACAAAUAUUUGAACACAGUUCUUUUGGUCUUCGAGGAAGUCAGAGGCGAGUUGCCAUUUUAAAUAGAAAUACGAAUCCACAAUUUCCUUUUGGUAGUAGCAUGUGUAGCAGUAGCAGCAGCAGCAGCAGCAGUGGUAGUAGGGGCCCUUUGGAAAAAACCUUGAUGGCUGUUUGUAAUUCCUCCUUAGCCAGCAAUAGUGAAGAUGACAGGCCUCUGCUGCAUCACCAUCACCAUCAUCAUCGUCGUCGUCAUCACCAUCAUAAUUUAAGUAAUGCCGCCACCUCUUCAUCUUCGUUGUGUAAUUCUCCCUCCCCUCCUUCGCCAGCACCACAGGCCUUCUAAACGAAAGAACGAAUCGAUUAAUUGUCGAUCCUGCCGCGCAAUAGUAAGAAAACAAAACAUAACCAAGAAAAGUAAAUUCGGUUUUUGUUAAUUUUUAAUUAAAAAUGAAUUUGCGAAUAGGAUAAAACAAUUUUUUUUUCAAUAAUCAUUAUUAUUAUACUAUAUUUAUUUUAAACUAUUUUUAAUUUUUAUGAAUAGUUUUUUUAUAUUUUUUGUUAAUUAUGUAUGUCUGAGACAACAACAAAAAAAAAAACAAUCAUGAAAAGAUUUUUGUUUUUAAGAAAAUAGAGAAUAUUUAUUCCCAUUAAGUCCCUUUACACAAAAAGCAAAUCGAUUCUUUGGCGCAAAUGCUUUAAAAGAUCCCUUUGACUUGACCUGGACCAGAGGAUACUGUUGGCAAUGUUUGGUGUUUUCUCUCUCUCUGUUGUUUUUCUUUUAUUUGAUUUUUUUUUUAUAAAAUAUCAGACAUCUUCCAGAGUUUAUUGCAGA